GCCAGCACCCAAAACAAUAAGCCCCGAAAAAAUCAAGAGAGUUUGAAAGCCAUCAAAGUCUUUACUGAUCAAAAUCAUGUAAAAUCUACUAGGAAUACUUCCAGCAAAAUAUACGGCAACCUCAUUUAUAAGGCUGGCCAAGAUAAAGAUAAACCAUAUUCCAAUAAGAUUUCCAUCAGGAUUUGA